AUCAUCUGACGCUAACAAUUCAUCAGAAUAAAAUCAAAGAUGUCCUCCGUUGAAGAGUUGAAGGACUUGGUCCAUAAAUUGCAAGACAGAAUCCAGCACUUGGAGCAAAAGGCUGGAUUGGUGCCAGUUGUGCCAAAGUCCAUCCGUAUGGUUUUGAUUGGUCCUCCAGGUGCUGGUAAGGGUACCCAAGCUCCAAACUUGCAGGAGAAGUUCUGUGCUUGUCACUUGGCCACUGGUGAUAUGUUAAGAUCCCAGGUUGCUAAGAAGACUGCUUUGGGUCUUGAGGCCAAGAAAAUCAUGGAUCAAGGUGGUUUGGUUUCCGAUGACAUUAUGGUUAACAUGAUCAAGUCGGAGUUGCACAACAACCCAGACUGUAAGAGCGGCUUCAUCUUGGAUGGUUUCCCUAGAACCAUUCCUCAGGCCGAGAAACUUGACCAAAUGCUUGCCGAGUCUGGCAAGCCAUUGGAGAAGGCUGUCGAAUUGAAGAUUGAUGACGAAUUGCUCGUUGCCAGAAUCACCGGCCGUUUGGUCCACCCAGCCUCCGGCAGAUCCUACCACAAGUUGUUCAACCCACCAAAGGUUGCCAUGACUGAUGACAUUACCGGUGAGCCAUUGGUUCAAAGAUCUGACGAUAACGCUGAUGCCUUGACCAAGAGAUUGGUCAACUACCACAAGCAAACCGAGCCAAUUGUCGACUACUAUAAGAAGGCUGGUAUCUGGUCUGGUAUCGAUGCCUCCCAAAAGCCACCAAAGGUUUGGGCUGACAUCUUGAAGUGUUUGGGCCAAUAAACGGUGUUUCGGUUAGACCUUUCAUCUCAGCACCAGGAAGAAACACUCACUCACACAUAUAUAUAUGGUUAAAUGAAGUGCCUGUAUUCCAA